CACACCUGCUCUCUGCUUCGUAUCUCUCAGCUGGUUUCAAUGAGUCGUGGUGAUUCAUCGGCAUGGUAGACAGCGUGGAACUCAUUAAUGGGCUAAAAACUCUCAACCCCAUCGAAUGGAUCCAAAAAGGGAAUAUUUCAACGAGGAGAGACUAGGAGGCCAGGGUUACCUCAAAGGUUUAGCCCGUUACCCUUGUCACCUCGUUGACACCCCCUCUGCCAUGAGAUCUCUGGAGAUUGGGACGCGCGCAUGCACGGACACGCAGGCUUGUCAGAAAGUCUCUGGCUUUCUUGCUGAAUUUGGAGCACAUACAACCGAUCAUGGGAAUUGUCGUCGAAAUUCUGAAAUGACCAGGGGACGCGUGUGACCUCCGCAACCUCGCCUAACUUGCCGCUCUGAUUGAAGACAACCUUGCAUUGCGAAGGUUUCCGCCGUUAUCGAACCACUCUCCUCCGUGACCUGGUUGGAUUAUCUUUCCUUGCGGUGGUUCUCUUCCCAUGCGAGUCGCCUUGGUCAAUCAAAUAAUAGACUGUGGAGCCUCUAGUGUGUGGUCAUAGCGGUUUCAGCUGCAUCCACCCGUGAUUGCAUAUGCGAGUGUUUGUCGACUUCCGAGAAGAUCCAUGCCACCCGUUUCUAAAGUUGAUCAUUGAAGCUCACACCCAGAAGAGUCUUUUCAUUGGAUGUUCAGCUGAAUAACAAAAUAAUGCAUCUCCAGGCUGGCGAGAUUUUGCAAGUGAAUUUUGAUAUUCCUCCUGGUACGGGUAAAUUCCAUUUUUGUGCGACAAGCAGAUUGCAGCCUUUUUCCCAAGGAUAAUGAGGAACUGUGUUGCCAAUUUGGAGCAAUCAUGAUCAAAUUCACAAAUCACAGCCAAGCACGCAAACCAACGACAAAAGGUAAAUUGACUCUUGGCCAGCUUUAUCUCCAUGUUGCUUUUGGUAUUCGCAGCAUAAUAAAUGCCGACAGAGAGUUACAAGCACAGUUGGAGAAAAGGAAUAGACACUCGGCUUCAUGCGAAAAUAAUUUCUAGGCCUAGCUAAAUAUUGCAGUUAAUCUAGCGGUGUUUUUCUUUC